CGGAAUGCUGUCAGGAAAAACCAGGAAACUGAUGAGAGUUUCUCUUUCCUCCUUGACUUGUCCCGCUGCUGCUUGUGGUCGAUCGCUUUGAGGAAUUAGGUGAAGGGAAGCAGAUAAAACAUGUGACCGACUGUAAAACUGGCUGCUCAGAGCCGCAGCUUGCAGACCGACGGCUCGACAUGGAUGUCAGCAACCGGGACUGGAUGUCUGCUUUACCGGAGGAGCUGUGGGAUAUUCCUCUGACGGAACUGGCCAUACCUGGGAGCCAUGAUGCCAUGAGUUACUGUCUGGACAUAAACUCACCCCUGCUCGGGUCUGAGUCGGACGUAUUCCGACUCCUGGAUAAACUUUUUUACUGCUUUACCAGACCCAUCAUCUUUAAAUGGGCCACCACACAGGACAAAAGCAUUGAGGAGCAGCUGUCAAAGGGAAUUCGGUUCUUCGAUCUCCGAGUCGCACACAAACCUAACGACUUGUCUGAUGACCUCUACUUCACACACAUUGUAUACACACACCUGACAGUUCUGAAAACGCUUGAAUGUGUUGCUUACUGGCUAAACUCUCACCCGAAGGAGGUUGUCAUCCUCGCUUGUAGCCAUUUUGAGGGAAUAGAUGAUGAGCGCCAUGAAUUGUUCAUUUCCUGCUUAAAGAAGCUGUUUGGUUCAAAGCUGUGUCCCCGAAAGGAAUCAGUCCUAAGCCUGCGGAGUCUAUGGGCAUCCGGUUACCAGGUCAUUCUCUCCUAUGACUCCCAGCUUGUGGCAAGACAUCCGCAGCUGUGGCCCGCCAUCCCAUACUGGUGGGCGAAUAAAAAAACAGCACAAGAAGUGAUCAAUUACCUGGACUGGAACAAAGACUUGGGACGUCCAGAGGGGUUCUUUGUCUCCGGCCUGAACCUCACAGCCCCAAGGGCUUACAUCGCCAAGAAUCCAAAGGAAUCCCUGCGGACGCUGACCUUCAGCAACUGGGAGUGUUUGAGGAAAUGGGUGGAGGAGCAGAAGCCUGGAUCGGACCUGAACAGCUUGAACAUCAUAGCAGGAGACUUUGUGGGGCCAUUGCCACUCUGUUCUCUGGUGAUUGCGUUGAACCACAAACUGCGCCCGAAGAGCUCCACCCAGAUGAGAAAGCAGUAUUAACUAUGAUUUUAACUUUAUGGCUGUUUCUAUUUCUUCUAUUUCCAGCUUCUUUUAAUGUAUAUAAAAUCAUCAGUUACUCCAAAUUUGUUUUCUACCUGAGAAGAUUUUGCUUCGUGUUGGUACAAACAUCUCUUGUGUGCUGUCAGUAUAUAUAUUUUACAAGAAAAUGUUUCAUUCUGCUUUAGAUUUGUAAAUCCAGAUCUUUUAAUCGCUGCAGAGUAAAAACAGUAUUUUCUUAA